UGGAGUCUCAGAGACAUAAUAAAAAAGCCGGAAUAAUGGCAGACACAAACUUGACCUGUGACCUCAAAGCUUGUGAAGGCCUUUAUAAGCAAAAAGGCUUCAUCAGAGUUAUUAGAGGUUUUUCUGGACACUUAACCAUUGAAAAAUGGCUUAAACCAGAAUAUGAUAGAGCACUGGGAAGAAAAUCUGUUAGUGUACAAGGAACACCAGCUAUCAGUUAUAGGAUCGAAGACUGCGCCGUAUGUGGAAAACCUAAUGUAGCGUUUAAACUAGCUGAAGGCUUAUACGCCAAUAGGCCAAAUAAAGCAGAGUUGCUAAUUCAGCAUGGUUUAGGAGCUCAUUUUCCGUGGUGGAAUGAGUUAGGAGAUAUCGAUGCGUGUGCUUUGCAUGAUGUCACCAUCUGUGGUGAUUGCAGAGAGUCACACCAGAAGGUCGAAAUCGAACAAUAUGAGAUAAAGCAGGAUGGAUGCUUAUGCCGAAACUGUCAGUCAUGUAAGCAACGGUUUAUUGCCCUAGGAAGGGAAUGCCGAUGUGUGUAUGAUGGGGAAGAAUUUACAUCGUGUGAAAGAUGUAAGAGUCUAUUCAGUUGCAAGUGCUUAAAGCUAAUAAGCAAAAAGCAGAUAUGGAUGACUCGUAAAUCCAAAAAGGCCCUAGGGGCCUUAGUUGAAAAUAGAAUAAUGACAAUGUGGGACAUAAACCCAGUGUCCUUAAUGACAAAUGCAGAAUCGAAAUUCAUGGCCCAGAGACUGAAUGAACUGUCCUUUUGUCCGGAAGGUCUGCCGGGGGGGCAAGAGUCUCUGAAUGGAAACGAGAGUUUUCGGAAUGGCCUGAUAUAUCUCACUCACUUAGGUGGAUGGGAGACCGCUGUCAAGUUGCAGUUACACACGCAGGUCAGCUACAAGAGAGGUGGCUUUGGUGCAUGUGUAUGGGUUCUGCAUGACAGUGAGUGGUUUAAAUGUGAACUUUCUGACGCUAUAAUAAUUACAGCAAAAGACAUGACAUUUAAACAGUGCAUAAAAGUAUGCGAACCAAAAGAUGAGCCCAGUUAUUUCACUGAAUCAAACAUCUCAGUCUAUGGAUCUUCACAAUCCUUUAGAGAAGGGACAGCAAAACUCAAAAUUAUCAGAUCCACACAACCAUAUCACUUAAUGACUCGUGAACCAAGCGACGAGGAUAAAUCUAGGAUAGAAAUUCUGGAUUUAACUGUUCUGUUAAAUUUAACAGGAAGUUACCUGGGUAUUGGAGAAUGUAUUCAGGGAGUAAAUGUUUAUCUGAAUAGAUCAAAAGAUAAAUCUGAUAUGGCAACAGGAAAUAAAUUAAUACAAUUUAAAAGGUGGAUCUCCAAAAAAUUCAGUCGAGGGACAGAAUAGGAUGAAACGAGUUUGUCUCUGUUCUCUGUUGCAGGAAAGCAUGCAGAAAGACGGGCCUGUCAGAGGGGUGAGAGAGAGCCGGAAGUGUACGGAGUCACGGGUCCAGGAGACCGUGAUGAGCCUAAUGAUAACUAGCUCUUUACUCCUAAUUAUAAUAGGCACGAUUUUUUCAGGGUUAGAGAUAAAAACUCAAAGCAUGGAAGAAACCCGGCAUGUCUGUAAACAUGUCGAGAUAACGGAAGAUUGGGUAUGUCCAAAUCAGGAAAUAACUGUGAAAAAUAAAACCUACAAUAGUAGUGAUUUUGAAGCAAUGGUAAAGUCGUAUAUUAGAAAUAUAGACGACAGAUUUUGGGUAUGUAAUCAUUCUAACCCAAUAGCUUUAUUUAUACCAUCGAAAUAUAAUGGUCUAAUGAAUAAUAAAGUAAAAUUUAAAUGGGAUAGUCUUAUAGUUAUAAAUGAAUCCCAUGUAAGACUGAUUGGGCUUGAAAUCCUAAAUAAAAAUCAGACAGUAUGGACUAAUGAAAGUAGCCUAAGCGUCUGGAAUUUGGAAUUAGGAGUUGAAUUAAGCAAAUCAGUAGGACAUUGUUGGCAGAAUUUGACAAAUGCUAAACAAUGGAUAAUGACCGACUCCAUUUCUGCACCCAGAAAUGAUAAAAUACUUAGAGGCCUACAUGGCGGCCGAAUCAGUAAAGUUGGGUUAUUAUCGGAAACAGGCAAUGAGACGUCUAGGAAUCGCAGAUUAACAAAUUGGUUAAUGGCGGGAGCUAAAGGACAUGUGACUUAUUGGCCUGAUGGUUUGAAUAGUACUCACCUAAUAUUAGGUGUUUAUAAAGAAAAACCAGUAAUUCCUUAUGAGGAAAUAGAUUGGGUAACAUGUAAACAACAUCAAACCCAAGGUAAAUAUUGUGAUAGCGAGAAGGCAUGUAUUCAUAAAUUGGGUAUGAGACCUUUUAGCUCUAACGGGGCUAAAUUUCUCAUCCGGAAAUAUGGUGGAUUGAAACCAGAUUCAUGGGCAUCCCUUUUCCAACACAAUAUGGUAAAAUAUUGUACGGAUUUGACUAAAGCAGAAUACUGGUAUUGCUAUAUAACCGGUCAGUCACUUUAUGAUCAAAAUCUAAUGGAUCAAUAUGAAAGCGAAAUAUUUGACAAGUGGAAAGCUUAUGUCAGAUAUAUGGGCAUUCGAGAAGAAAGAGUCUUAAAUGAAACCUGUGAAACAAUAAAAUGUUUUAUAGACAGUCAUUGGAUCGACAAUCGAGGAAUACAUCCGUUAAUGUUAGAUAGUAGUCACGGUGUACCUGAAUCAGUGGCUAAUAAGAGUGGCUUAACGGACUUUAUUAAAUCGAUUCCAGAUCAACAAUAUAGAAUGGCCCUAGCUUUGUAUGUAUACAAAUGGGAUAUGCUCACGCGCGCAGAAUAUAAAACUAGACCAAGCCCGGUUCAUAUGGGACUGGUAGAUAGCGUGCACGGCCUAUGGCAUAAUAAGUUCUAUAUUAAAUUUGAUUUUAGCCAUAAACUCAUGGGAGCUUAUCGGCAUCAAUUUAAUAAAUUGAGGUUUUUUCAUCCAAAUUUUAGGAAAACCAUUUAUACCAGAAACUUAGUUGAUGUUUCCUAUGAAAAUAGAACUCAUGAUUACUGGAAAGGUGGAGCUACCUUAAACAUGGGUUUUAGUGGGUUUAAAUGCAAUUUAUAUGAAAACAGUGGAUUAAACAACAGUGCAAGCCUCAUAGGAGCUGAAUUGCAAGAAUGUGAUCCAGAUAUAUUUAAUAAUUGGACUUAUAAAUAUAUACCGCCUUAUGCUCGUAAGGAGACGAGAUAAGAUUGUUUAAGGGAGAGAAUAGUUUCUGCUCCUGGGAAAAUUAUUCCAUCAUAACGGAAAAAAUUAGGGAUAGGUGUGACAAAAUUAAUUGCUCCAUUCCUUGGCAUGCAAUCUUUGUGUCAGCACUUCCCAUAGUUGCAAAAUAUGAAAACCAGGUUAAAAAACACUGUGCGAUUAUAGGGCUUGAAAAUUUUCAUGUUAAAAGAAAAUUAACAGAAUUAGUUGAUGAUUACAUAGAGGGGACGAGCUUGGGUCCAAAUUGGCACUUUAUGCACAAUUGGAUCUCAGCCUUAGACAUUGUCAUAGAUGAUGUCCCAAUAAUUGUCAAAAUUAGAAAGACCUUGUUAAAUGCAGGAGUGAUAAUUAGCUUGGGUGCUGGAACAGCAGUUGAAAUUAUUAAAAGAACCGUGAUCGGAUACUGGAAGUGGAUCAAGUUAAUUUUGAUCAUUAUGGGAUGCAUUGUGGUUAUUGUGCUUCUUAUUAGCGUAUCCCUUAAGACAGCACAGCUAUGUGGUGUUCUGAGCAGUGUCUGCGGGGUCAGGCGUUAUGCUCGCCUAAGGUCAAGGGUCCCAGAGUAGAGUAAAAAACAAGUCAUGGACUGUAUUUAAAGGCUGCAGUCAUAACAGUCUAAACGAACAUUUAGUGGAAGAGACUGACUUGAUUGCUCAUCUCCAAAACCUCUGAAAUUGGAAGAAAAUGGCAUCUAUGAAUGGAAAUUACGGGAAUGCUGAUAACAUUGUGUCGGGAACAAACCUUGCUCAGGUAAAUAAAUUCUAAUCAUUUUAAAUUGUGAAGAAAUAAUUUAUUAUGAUGACCCAGUAAUAUGGGAAUAGAAUGAGAGAAAUAACAGUUAUGAUUGUUUUAAUAGUCUUGCCACUGUUUAAUCAAUCAUAACAAGAUGUCAGACACAUCUGGGUACGAGAUACAGUGUUAUCAGUAGGGUAAUUUUUGGGUUUUUGUGGUUUUUUAUGAUUUUUGAAAAGGAUUGAAUUUUAUUUGAACUUUUCAAAAUGAAUGUAUAUUAAACCAAGGACCAACUGUUUUCAUUUGUGUAAUCUAUAAUAAUUGCGUAACAAUGUUAAAGCAAUUGUGGGUGAAGAAUGAAACAACAGAGAUGUAAUUGUUAUAGUUAUGACAUUUGGGUAAUUAUGACAUAUUGAUCUUUUUAGAUUUCGAGAGGGGGAAGAGCAAGUGACGACAACCUGGCCUGUACCCAUAGUACAAGAAUGUGCAAAAUUUAUUACCACAACAAUGGAAGAGAAUUUCAGUGUUGUAUGAACUGUUUUGUGACCACUGAUAAAAACUUUAACACGAUUCAUUAUAUUCUCUGUUGGAAUGAAGGCCAAUUACAGCCGUUGUUAUCAAAAUUAAUAACUGCCAGAGGGCAAUUAAUUUUACCAUGGGCUCCCGUGGUUACACAUAGAAUGAAUCGGCGUAGCAAGUUCUUUGUUCGGCCUUAUUGGGUAAAUGGAGAAAUCCAGAUGGGCUUAGUAGUUAGUAAUGGCACCAUACAUAUCCAACCCACAGGAACAAGUUCUGGUGUGGAUGGAUGGCCGGUGGGAGAGUACCAAGACGGAGGAAAUCCUAUGGCGCAACGGGGUGAUACUUCGACUAACGAACGCCCAGAUCUGGAGUUUACCAGAGACCUCGCGGCCUUUCUCGCAGACGAAAAGAAUUGGCCGGCGUCUCUUGGCCGCAAUGGGGCGAAGUAACUUGCUAACCGUGCAGUUAUUUUACCGUAAGAGAGAAAAGUUAUUCAAUCUUUGGUUAAUUGGCACGGAUGGAUGGGCCGUUCAACUCCAACAGUGUAUAUAUAAAUCGAGUGUGUUAGAUGAAUUGGAUAAUGAUUAUUUUGUGUCUCAACUACACAUGGCAAGAGGGGAUGUAAUGGCUGGUUCUAAUGAAACGACUAGUGCCAUGAUUAACGUGAGACCACAAAAAUAUAAGCGUAAACCUUUCCUAUAUUCUGAAAUCCCCAUACUCCAGAGUUCAACAGUAUCUGAUGCAGCUAAGUGUAAGCGUAAAGCACGGCGUGACCAGAAGAAGGCUCGGAAGACAAGUGAAUGGAAAGGGAGGGGGACCGCUCCUCUCUGCAGCUCAAGGCACACUGCUUCUGACCCCUUACCCUCUGAAUGCUCUCGCCUCUCGCAGCUGCAGCUAACUUUGGAAAGCGACAUUACAAGUGCACACGGGGAAACCCACUAAGAAUGUGUAUCAGGAUUUGCAUCUGAUAAUGCUACAUGGAAUGUUGAAGAAUGCUUUUAACCUGUCAACUGUAUGCAUUCAGAUGUUUGUGUGUGUUGAUUAAUGUACUAAUAUGUGCAUAUGGAACAGCUAUACCUUUGUUCUCAUAUGACAUGCCCUAUAAAUUUUGUUAAUCCCUGAAAUUCUUAACUGAAUGGUUAGACCACAGUAUACAGUUGGUCCUUAGAAAUUUAUAGCUAGUAAUUUGAUGUAUUAGGUAGAAUGCACCUUGGUGUGCGGAUACUUGUGUUGUAUGUGUCAAGUCCUCACUGAUAUAUGAGGUGAAGGUAUGUGCCUGACCUGGUUUUGUGAGUAUAAAAGCUGAGCAUUUUCUGACCAGCUUUGCGCUUCCUGACUUCUGUUCAUUGAGGUUGGUUGCCCUUUGUCUCUAACGAGAGGCAAAGUAAGGAUUUCUUGUUUUCUGUUUGUCUUUUGUUUGUUCUACUUUUUCACUGGAUUUAAUUUUAUUAAUAAAAGUGUAUUUUAUUAAUUUU